AAAGUGUAGAACAGUGAUUUUGGAUUGUACAGUUACCUCCCCUGAAAAUCAAGACUUCAUCAAAGGAUUUAAACCAAGUCUAUGGUGAUAAAGGGUUUGUUUUUCAGGACUCAUUAAGUUGAAGAUCACCAGUCCUAUUACAAGAAGGUGACUUAUUCCAGGACACUUAGAAAGGUAGCAUAUACAUACUUAGUUUCAAGACAACAGACCUGUUACAUAUUACUAAUAAAGAUUGACGAAAAUAAGAAGAUUAUAUCCAAAGUAAUAUGGUGACAGCCCACUCAUCUAGUUGAAUGUUAGUGUUAAACAUGAAUCACAGUAUGGGUCAGGAUCAAAAUAUGACCCAUGAGCAGACCCUGCUUCAGACCCUCAGCUUAGGUCAUGCACCCAUCAAUGCAGAUCACUCACCAUACAGCUUAGAACCUCAGAAUGGCAGCUAUGUCGGAUCUCACUCAGCUUAUGAACAUUAUUUAUUUGCUCAAAAGUCUGGUUAUAUGUUGCCUAGCAACCAGCAACUCAAAAGUCCAAUGUUUGACUCUCAGGGAAUGUAUGAGAUGCAGAGUCCAGCGACCAUGUCCGACCCAAGCAUGUCCCCCUCACCCCCACCCCCACCUAGAAUCUACAAGCCAUGUGUGGUAUGCUGUGAUAAGUCAUCAGGCUAUCAUUAUGGAGUUAGUUCCUGUGAAGGAUGCAAGGGCUUUUUUAGAAGAAGUGUUCAGAAAAAUAUGCAAUAUACCUGCCAUAAAGACAAAAACUGUGUGAUUAAUAAAGUGACGAGAAAUAGGUGCCAGUAUUGUCGACUACAAAAAUGUUUUGCCACAGGGAUGUCGAAAGAAGGUAUGGAAGAACGAGCUGUAAGAAAUGACAGGAAUAAAAAGAAAGUGAAGCGACCAGAAGAAUUUACCCAGUCUGAAGAGCUGACGGAUGAUGAACAGCUCAUGUUACAGGAGAUACUGGAUGCCCAUAAUGACACAUUCCAUAAACAGUCAGAGACUUCAUUGUCUAGGGUACCAGUUAUCAAGACAAAUGGCGUGGAUGCUGAAAAAGCUGAAGACAAAGAAGGAGAAGAGAAAGGGAAGAUAGAAAAGAUUAUGUUAUGGGAAAAAGUAACCGAGCUGUCUUCAAAAGGAAUUAUAAAAAUCGUUGAAUUCGCGAAAAGGAUACCUGGUUUUGCAACAUUAUCUACCUCAGAUCAAAUCACGUUACUUAAGGCAGCAUGUUUGGAAAUCAUGAUUUUACGUCUUAGUUCUAGAUAUGAUGUUGACAAGGAUGUUUUGUGUUUUAACGAUGGAAUAACAUUAGAUCGUCAACAGUUACGUAAUGGCGGAUUCGGUUCGCUCACUGACACUAUAUUUACAUUUGCAUCUUCCCUUAAAUCCAUGGAAACGGAUAGUUUAGAAUAUGCAGCUCUGUCUGCUGUGUGUUUAGUUAGUAAUGAUCGCUCAGGUUUAGAAGAUCCAGUCAAAAUAGAACAUUUACAAGAACCUAUAUUAGAAGCAUUAAAACAUUAUAUCCGACAACGGCGGAAAGAAUCACCUCAUGUGUUUGCUAAAAUGAUAAUGAAAUUAACUGAUCUCAGGUCUAUAAGUGUGAAAGGUGCUGAAAGAGUAUUACAUUUACGGCUGGAAAUGCCCGAUGAACUGCCGCCAUUAAUUAUAGAAAUGUUAGAUAGAACUGAAAAUGUUUGUAUACCAUGACGUAAUCAAAAUUCUGCUGUUUUGUGUUAGAGCGUAUCUUCCAAGGAAUUCUGGGUAAUCUUCCAGUUGUCGGAUUUAAUGUAACAGAUAUUGGUAAAAAUCGCGAGAAGGAUUUUUCGUUUACUUCAUGGUAUAUCUGAGCAAAGUGAUAAUUGUGUUCACAGAUUAUGUUUUACAUCUGUGAAUUGAUGACUUAGGAAGAAUUAACGAUUGUUGUCAUCGUAAUUAUUUGAAUGACAGAUUCUUCCCGACAUCAGAAUCUUAACGUUUGAAUUUGUUUCAGGAAGGGAAAAAAUCUCCAGCUUUUUACUUCCUCGUUGCAGAGAGAUUAUUUAUCCCAGAUUACUAUUACUAUCAUUAUUAUACAUUCAUAUUGACUGUGUAUACUAGCAUUUGGAUGCAAAUGAUUUUUCAUGUGUAAAAUAUGAACCAUAUUCAUAUUUGAUUUUUUUUAAAGAUAAAAAAAAGAAUAAACUAUUUGUCAGAUUUACAGAUUAUGUGCUCACUCAUAAGUAAUUUGAAAAGUUAUCUAUGAAAAUCUCAGGUUUAUUUUUCAUAUCACAGACAUUGCUGUAUUCAGAUUUUAAAUUUAGUUUUUUUUUGUUUUUACAUAUAUUUUUUGUGCAGAAUUGAAAAGGUACAAUAUUAAAAAUAAUUUACAAUUAAAUACUGGAACUUUUAGUGAAAUUAAAAUUUUUGUUUUCCAUUCAAAACAUUUUUUUUUGGCAUUAAUUU